AUGCUUCACUGGAAGUGCGAUGAUUUGUUUGUACUGCCGGAGCUAGAAGAUCUGGAGAAAUGCUUUCGCGAACACUACAAUUUCCAGACCGACAUCUUCUCCAUCCCUUCCGAGAACUCUCACCUCGAGUUGAUGCUCAAGGUGGCCGACAUGGUCAAGCAGCAUGAGUCCGAGGACACGCUUUUUGUGGUUUACUACGGCGGCCACGCACGGAUAGACGAGUCCAGGCAGAGCACCUGGUGCGCGAACCGACGUCCUGGUUCCCCAUGGCUUCAAUGGUCAGCCAUCCAGACCCUCCUAGAGCGAUCGGUCUCGGACGUCUUGAUUCUCCUCGACUGCUGCGCUGGAGCCGCAAGCGCCACAUUUCCCACCGGCAAGAGCAUCACGGAAACCAUUUCGGCCUCUAGCUGGGAUGCGAUCGCGCCUGACCCGGGCAGAUACUCGUUUACAAAUGCUUUGAUCGAAGUGCUCGAGGAGUGGCGUCAACGGACAUUUUCGGCCGCUAUGCUGCACGCCGAGAUCCUCGCUCGUUUGAAGCACCCGCGCCCCAUCUUGAUCAAUGGAAAGCAUUUUGAGGCCCGAUCGACGCCAGUCCACUUCAUGAUGACGUCCAAUCACAGAGCACCCAGCAUUGAGGUGUGCCGGCUCGUCCCCCGCAAGCAAAGGCCUCCUUCUCCCCCGGAUGAGCUCCCCUACUGGGGCCAUCCGACACCGCAGCCGAGGCUGAUUGAGGGGAGGAAUCCGGUGGAGCAAUACCCCCUCACACAUCACCUCACACCCGACUUCAGGAUCCCGAGAGCUUCAGAACCCAACGAAGACGAACCACAUGUGUUGAUUUCGUUAGCACUCGAGGAUGAUCAGCGGUUGGAUCUGAACGACUGGAAAACAUGGCUGGCCGCCUUUCCCGCCAUGGCAAAAUACGUCAAGGUUCAGGGUGUCUUCAAGAGCCACUCGACUCUUCUCUUGCUGUCACUCCCGGUCAUGGUUUGGGAUUUUCUUCCCGACGACCCGGCCUGCUCUUUCAUCGCCUUUGUUCGAUCAAACAACCUCCUUCACGCCCAGAAAACUCGGGAACCUCCGAUCUCGCCCGUGCCUGUUGCCAGCGCAACACCAAUGGUCUCUCAAGCACGCGAUGACGCCGAGUCUUGCUUUUCUGGCACAACCUUUGUGCAAGCUGAAAGCCUGAACACGGCCGUGCGCCAAGCCGGUGGCGCCACCCUUCCCCGAGUCACUUCUGCCGUUUCCGUUCCUUACUGUGACCCGUCAACAAACCUGCCAUCGCUCCAACGCGUCGGCACCUCAGCGAGCAAUCGACUCGACUACAGCCACCAAGAUACAGUUAGACUGAAACCGCAGCCUUCCACUGGCAGUCUGAAGGGGCUCCUCAGGAAUGUAGCUUCAACCACGUCGUUAUCCACUCUGGAUCGGCGCACUCUUAGCCCGUCAACCCCGACCACAGCAGCCGAACCAAUAUCUCGAGCGAUGAUUUUGAACAAAACGCGGAGUUCCAAGAAAUCCGUCUUUCAGUCAAUCCAGGACGUCCCGCAAGGCCAGCAGAUGGCUGCUCAUGUUGUUCGGCGCCUAGAGGAUUACUUCCAGAAGGACCCCGAACCGAGCAUCGGCGUGGUAGAACAUCUCGCAUCAAACCUCGGGGUAGAGACGUCGGAUGUCCAUGUCUGGUUCCACCACCGCCGAGAGCAAGAGCGGAUGACAUACAACCUUCAGAAUCUCAGGAUCGAGAGCCACGGCCGCCAAACCCAGGAUGGUGCCCGCAUGAUCCUCCCUGGCCAUCUCAACAGCCUCCUCGAGAUUUACCCAUCUAAGGGAAUCCUUCUCGUAGACCUGCGGUCAUCAACGGACUUUGAAAGGUCUCACAUCCACGACGCCAUCAAUUUGCGUGCCCCUUUGAGUUUCGUCGAGAAUACCUCACUCGAGAUGAUUGAGGACACCUUCAUGGACGAUCAGAGCCGGCGCAGCUUCAGCAAAUGGUCGCAAUUCAAAUGCGUCGUCUUCUAUGACAGGGUCAUUGAAUUCGAGUGGGAGUGUCCCGUCGCCGACGCCCUGUACACCAAGUUCAGGCAGAAGGGCUGGCGCGGCCAGUGCUUCAUCCUCAAAGGCCAUUACCGGGAGUUCUCCGCCUCGUUUGACAAACACAUCAGCGGGGCCAAAAUGACCAGCGAGGCCAAAAAGCAUCUCGACAGUCUUCGUCAGCGGUCCAGCCCGACCGAGGAAGAAGCAGCCAAGGCGGAGGAACAUUACCACGAGUGGCUGGAGACAUUUGCAGGCCAACAUCGCGUUCCAUCGACUGAUCUUAUCUUGGCGAGGAAACUUGAACGAAAACGGGCAGUGGAGCAGCAUCAGAAAGAGCUCGAGAUUGAGUUUGAGGCACGCUUCCCGGCACUGUACAAAAAGGCCCAGGCAUCGCGCCCUGUUCCGGGAUUCGAAGAAGCUCCGUCGCCACCCCCGCGGUCACCGCCUCCCCCGUUCCACGAGCCGCAAAGAAGACAAUCCUUUAAAAAUGUUGAGUGGAUGAGGCCAGGGAAGGUUGACGAUGAUGACGAGUUUGAAACGACAAAGGCGCCGCUGGUGGAGCCGCUCGUUAAGGGGUUGGAGAAGAUGCGAAAAGCGAGCAGUGUCCCACGCAGUUACCGAAGCCUGGAUACGGGGACUCCCUCGCAGGACCACCACGACGACUAUCCCGUGAAGGCCCGAAUGGAUUACUACGCGGAUGAUUACGAUCAUGACUAUGACGAAAUCGAUCCCAAAAGUGAAGGGUUGAGGAACGACCCUGGCUUUCAGAACGCUGGAGUACUGGGAGGUGCCGAAACAGGAGUUGGGCCAGGGCCGAAACCGCAGGAGCGGGGAGGAGUGGACACCUUAAGAAAGACGGCGAAGAAAAGGCUGUUUCUGGAGAGGUUGAGAGGCGCCGGGAAGUGA